CAGACACACCAAUUAUGAAUUAAAAAAUGAGUCUUUAGUCAGUUGAAAUUAAGCGUAGCUGAACGAUUUUGACGAGUUUGAUAGAAAGUGUGUGUAAUUCUGGUUGUGGGAUUGAAGAGAAAAACAGAGCCAUGGGGAAAGUUGCAGCACUACCUAUAGUAGGGAUGAUGAUGACUGAGUGUGCUGGAGCAGGGGUCAUAAUACUAAGCAAAGCAGCCAUGUCUACUGGCAUGAGCAACCUCAUCUUUGUCUUCUACUCCAACGCUCUUGCUUCCCUCAUCCUCCUCCCUACUUCUUUAGCCUUCCACAGAUCGCGUCCUCCUCUCACUUUCUCUGUCCUCUGUUGGUUCUUCUUGCUUGGUCUAAUUGGAUUCGUUGCGCAGUUUGUUGGGUAUGCUGGGAUUAAUUACAGCUCUCCUACUCUUGGCACGGCUAUGCUCAACCUCCUUCCUGCUUUUACCUUCAUACUGGCAGUCAUCUUCAGAAUGGAAACAGUUGACUGGAGAAGCUCCAGUACCCUAGCUAAAUCCUUGGGAGCAAUGCUUUCAAUUUCAGGGGCAUUCAUUGUGACUCUUUACAAGGGCCCUGCACUUCUGUUGACAUCCUCAACUGAUAUAUUGUCUCAUAAACAACUUUUCUCACAACAGUCAAACUGGGUCAUUGGAGGAAUUCUCCUUUUGGUUUAUUGUGUGUUGGCUUCAUCAUCUUAUAUUAUACAGGCAUCAGUCAUAAAGAAAUACCCAGCAGAGCUAAUUAUGGUAUUUUAUUAUUGUUUCUUUGUGGCUAUUCAAGCUGUAGUAGUCUCUUUGAUUGUAGAAACAGACCUAAGUGCUUGGAGCUUGAAACCUAAAAUGAGGUUGAUCGCUGUUGUAUACUCGGCAGUUUUUGGCUCGACAUUUACGAUUGGUGUAACCACAUGGUGCCUUCAUAGGGCAGGGCCUGUUUUUAUAGCUAUGUUUAAGCCUUUGGGGAUUAUUGUUGCAGUUUCCAUUGGUGUUACUUUCGUUGGGGAUACUUUCUACCUUGGAAGUUUGGUAGGAGCAAUUGUAAUUGUCAUUGGUUUUUAUUCGGUGAUGUGGGGCAAAGCCAAUGAAGAGAAGAUGGAUGGUGGUGCUGAGACAAAGAGCUUGGCAACAAGCAACCAACGGGUCCCUCUAUUACAAAACACUCUUGAUGAAAUAUAGAAGUUUACAGUAAUCACACCAUGAGGUUUAUCUUGCCAAACAAAUGGGGUUGUGAACAUGGGGAGCAUGAUCAUACAUAUCAUAUCAGAAUGAGUUGGACGUCGAGUUUGCAGGGUCAAACUUAAAGGCAACCGUAACAGAAACAUUUAUGUGAAAGCAGCUUCUUGUUUGGAAAUGAAAUCUAGUUGUGGUAGUUGGUUUAAGAUGUAUGAUCUCCUUCUUCAUUAGUUGUACCAAAUAAGGUAACAAUAAGUUAGUUAGGCUUGGGAGGGAAGGAAUGAUGGCAAUUGGCGAGGGCUAAAGUUCUUGAAGAACAUAUUUUCCACUAUUUAAUUGAAACAUCUGUUGACAUC